ACCCGCAUUCACCGCCGCAGUCACACGAUACACAAAACAUUCGGAAACGAUUAUAUUUCUAUCAACACGUCUCGGAAAUUCUCAUCCAAUAACCAAGAAACUGUAUUCGUUCAUAUUUAUUUUAUUAAAUCAUCAAAGUGUAUUUAUAAACUUGUGUUCAAGUGUUUUCAAUAUUUUGAGCGGAAUAUGCAUCAUCAGUCACUUUUAUUUUGAAUCGCCAGCUCACAUCGAUGCGCUGCUGCCGUCUGAAGUGGCUACUAGAGUAUAAUGACUGCUGUUGUGGCGAUGAGUACGACGACGUCACCAAAGACUUCGCUUGCCAAGCUCGUGCUGUAUCCUAAGCCGAAGCCUUUCAAGGUCAUGGUAUUAGGUCAGUCUGGAGUCGGUAAAUCAGCUCUCGUCGUUAGAUUUAUAACACGAAGAUUCAUCGGCGAAUACGAUCCCAAUUUAGAGAAGAUCUACGCAUUCCAAACUGUCAUUGAUAACGAGAUGGUUUAUUUUGAAAUAUUAGAUUCCGCUGGAGAAUCACACGAAAGUGAAUACGCGAAUCUCGAGAGCAACAUACGUUGGGCGGAGGCGUUCAUUCUAAUGUAUUCGGUCACGGACAAGUGCUCGUUCGACGAGUGCCACCGACUCAAAUUCCUCAUCAACUACAACAAGAGGAGACGCCGACUCGCUUCCUCUAUGAGGGAUUGUGCUAUAGAAACCCCAGUGGUUAUGGUCGGCAACAAGGUAGACCAAGUCGGCGACCGAAUGGUCACAACCGAGGAGGGCCAGCGACGAAGCAAGGAGAUCGGCUGCGUGUGUUUCCACGAGAUCUCAGUCAGGGAGAGUAUUGACCAGGUAUGGGGCGUAUUCCGUGAUGCGCGGCGAUUCUGGCGCGUGAGCAGCAAAUGGUCGAAGAGAGACGGUGACAGACAUCCUGCAGCACUGGGACGGCCUCUGGCACGGGCGUCUUCUGAUACCACACCAGAUACUAACGCUGCACCACCCUUCUGUCGUCGAUGGACAGAAAUGGAACUAGAUGAAGAAGAUGAAGUUUGUGUCGGUCGCAGCGAUUCUACAUCAUCGUCGGGUCGGUCGGAGUGUGGGGACGAGUUUCGAGCCCGAGCCAGCACGGACUCUCGCCUCCCUCCGAGACCAGCAAGACCUAGACAUCCCCUACCAACGCGGCCGUUCCCUGCACCAGUUAGAAGAAUGAGCGUCGCCAUGAGAGGAAACAACGCUAGCACAUACUAAACAAGAACUGCUGUUAUAUGACCAAAGUUUAAUAUAAUAUUAUGUCAAGUAUGAGUGAAUGUUGUGUAUACCUACACUUAAUGUAAUGUUAGAAGUCAAACCCCUAACAAUGUCAAACUGAAAGACACACUGACCUAGAUACAAUGUUAAAUCAAUCAUCUCGUUAGUAUUAAGUACAUACACGUUCAUUACCUAGAUACCUAAUUGUAAUAAGUAAGGAAACUAGUCUAAUACAGUAUUAUCUAAAGAUGUGCAAGAUAUUGUAUGUAUUAUUAAUUUUAGAUUUAAUUAUUUUAUUUUUACUUAACUUUUCACAAACCUUGCUUUGAUUGUGGUUACAUUUAGGGAAAAGUGUCAAACAAUCCAAUCCCAUGCUACUGUAAUGGUUGCAAUAUCUCUUCUUUUUUCAUUCUCUACGCAACUAAUCAGGCGUCAUCCAACAGGAAACUCUUCCUCUUACCUCACUCCUCCUACAAUCUGUCUAUCAAUUCAUCUUUGUACUUCCUAUUCACCUUUAAAUUUAACUUGCGUCACACAAUUUUCAUCUCAUGACAUAUUCAUACUAAGGGAUACACAUCCAUUCAGCUUCUUUGUAACCGAUGCCACUUUCAGACAUCCUUAUUAUUUUUAAUAAUGGAACAUUCUCAAUACUACCUACCCUACACAUUUCCCCAAAAGGUUUUUUAAGGGAUAAGCCUCUAAACGAGCAGUUGAAUCAUCUGAUCGUAAGCAACCGACGUCGGUCAUGGACACCUGGAACACCAUAGGCGUUACAAGUUCGUUACCGGCCUUUUGGGGAUUA